AACAGUACCAUUUAAUUUCCAAGGAUCAUCAACUCUGUUCUGUUGCUAGGAGCGCUAUUAUGUAGAGAGGAAUUUGUUGGGGUAUUGUACGACCAAGGCUCGAAAAAAUGUCGGUAAAUAGUGAUGCACCAAGACCCCCUCCGUUAUGUUACUGUGGAGUGCGUGCACGUCUAAGGUACUCAUGGACUAGUGACAACCCCGGACGAAAGUGGUAUGGCUGUAUAAAGUAUAAGGAAGCUGGGGAUUGUGAUUUUUUUAGGUGGGCUGAUAACGACAUGACUUCUUAUGAGAAGAGAUUGGAGGAACAUAUGAGAGACAUGGAGGAAGGGAGACGGGCCGAUAUUGAGAAAGUUGAGAAGAUGACAAUGGCCAAUAUUGACAGACUUGAGAAGCUGAUGGAAACAAAAUACAAUGAACAAUAUGCUAGACUUCGGUUGGAGUUGGGUCUGCGUCAAAGUAAUAGAAAGAUGUUUUGGGUAGCAGUAGUCGUAGUCAUUUUGGGCCUUGUAAUUUAUUUCAGUGGUUAUAGUGGUUCUAAAGUUAGCUACUUGAUGUUAGAAUGAAAAGACGGAU